AUGGCGAGUAAGAAGAACGUUCUGUUGUUGAUCGCAGAUGAUCUGGGGAAACAACUCAGCUGCUACGGGGACAAUACAUCCCAAACGCCAAACCUCGAUCGGCUCGCAGAGCAGGGAACCAGGUUCGACUAUGCAUUUGCAAGUACGGCAUCCUGCAGCGGUAGUCGCUCUGUCAUCUACACCGGUCUUCACACCCACCAGAAUGGACAAUAUGGGCUUGCGAGCCACCGUCAUCAUUUCGUGACAUUUGACCACGUGAAGAGUUUACCGCAUCUCUUGAAUGAAGCCGGCCACUGGACUGGUAUUUUGGGAAAGGUUCAUGUAGGACCAUCUGCUGUUUACCCCUGGCAGCUGCGCAAGGAGAGCGAUACCCGCGAUGUUGCUGUUAUUGCCGACCAGGCCAGAUCGUUUUUCGAGGAAGCAAAAUCCAGUAACAGACCGUUUGCGUUGACUAUCGGGUACCACGAUCCUCAUCGCGACCGAACUCGUGGUGGUUUUGGGAACACGGAUGACUAUGAUCCUCGAAUCACCAAACUUCAUCUGGAACCCGAAGAUGUUCCAAUUCCCUCAUUCGUCAAUGAUACCCCCGGUACUCGCUCCGAACUGGUCGAAUACUACAAAUCCAUUCAUCGUCUUGAUCAAGGUGUCGGGUUUGUGCUAGAUGCUCUGAAGGAGACUGGCCUAGAAGACUCGACCCUCGUCAUCUUCGUUAGCGAUAACGGCCCGCCUUUCAUCAACUCCAAAACAACACUCUAUGAUGCGGGUGUACGACUUCCUUUGAUUAUUAGAAAACCAAACACACCUCCUGCAGUUAGCCCAAACGUGAUCUCCUACGUUGACAUUCUCCCUACUAUUCUUGACUUCGUCGAUCACCCCGAGGUCACCGAUCCGGAGAAAAAGCGACUGGGCCGAUCCCUUCUACCUAUUGUUGGAACUUCCAACGGGUUGCCAGAUUUCAACCAGACGUUUGGCUCGCACACAUUCCAUGAAGUAACAAAUUACUGGCCCACACGUUUCAUUCGCGAUCGUCGGUACAAAUACCACCGCAAUCUGGCUUGGCGGUUGGAUUUCCCUUUCGCAGCUGACCUGUAUGGAUCCCUCUCUUGGGAGGAUAUCCGCAAUUCAAGCGACACGGACAUUAUGGUCGGUGGACGGAAGUUAAGAGACUACUUCUUCCGCCCCCCAGAGGAGCUUUAUGACUUGGAGGUGGACCCAAAAGAGGUUCAUAAUCUUGCGAAGGAUCCAGCGUACACAGCCGUUCUUGAAGACCUCAGGUCGCGAUUGGAAACGUGGCAACGCCAAACGGAGGACCCAUGGCUGUACAAGGAUGGUGUCUCUGUCUGGUUUGUUCGUUACCAUUUACCAGCUGGUUUGAGAAUACCUGAUCGCUUGGACUUUGACCCAGAGAAGCCGGGCAAUAAGAGCGGACCGAUAGUCCCGCAUGAUAUCGCAUGGGGGAACGAAGCUACGAGAUAG